AUGUCAGCUCGACGAUCGAGCACUGCGACAGCGACGCUUCAUCGUCCCACAGCCUUGCGUACGACCCCUCCACAUGCCGGAGCUAGCAGACAGACACAUUCAUCAGCCUCUGAUGCGGAUGCAGUAGGGAACAGCAGGAUGCGAGGACGGCUAGGUCUGGUACUACUUGGGGUUGCGGUAGAAGAGACAGUCCGAUUGACGCUCUUUGGCGAUCACAUCUCCAACGAGUCCGCUAUAGAGCACUACCAACUGCACGAAGGCCACAGAACCCGAGGAUUGUUCUUGUGGGGCUCGAACAAACAUAACGUUACGGCGCCUCACCAGCCAGACGUAGAGGUCAUCAAGCAGCCCAAGCCUUUCGUGCUGCUAGACGGAGUCGCGUUGAGGGAACUCGUAUUGCACGAGAAAUACGCAGGCAAAGCAGUGGCUAUCGACGAGCAUGGCGAUCUGCUACAAUGGGGCGAUGGCUUCGACAAUACUGUGCGGGAGACAGGCGACAUCAAACCCAGAAAGACGCUACAAGGCAAGAAUAUCAUCCAAGUCGCAGCUACGAGCGAGAAGAUCUAUGCUUUGUCGAAGAAGGGCGAGGUCUGGCUGAUCGCGGCCAACGCUGCACAUCAGGCCAUGGGCCAACAGAACAAAUCAUACUCGUACUGGAGCUACAUAGCCUGGCUGUGGGGCUCAAGGCCGCCCGGCGUUGACACCGAGAAGCUGACCACCAAUGUGGCUUUAGCUUCCGGCGAGAACAUUGUGACCGUCUCGUCAGGUAGCGAUCAUGUGCUCGCUUUGACGACUGCAGGUCGUGCUUUUGCUGUACCUGCCAGCUCUCGUGGUAAUUCCAACGGCCAGCUAGGCGUUCGGGCGGUACAGUUGUUCACUACGACACGCAAGACGGACCAGCCUGGCGAUAUGCCACCGCCACAACAGAUACAGAUGAUACCGGACGGAUUCGAUGUCGAAUUUGACAAGUCUUACGAUAGGCUGCUGGGCGACUCGAUUGGCAAGCUCGCGAACUACAACGCUGAAGCGAUCAAGACGAGCGACAAGAGCGAUAGUGCUCAGGCAGACAUACGUUUCUGCACUGUCCUACAUGAGCUGCCAUCGCUACGUGGCGUGGCGAUAGACCAGCUCGUUGCAGGCGCGAGGCACAGUGUGGCCAAGACCAAGGAGGGCAGGAUCUUGACAUGGGGCGCAAAUAGCUAUGGCCAGCUCGGUCUCGGCCCACAGAUGGCAUUCCCGACGAUCCCGACGCCGACAGAGCUUCCGCUGACGAAGAGCUUCCCUGCUUCUGUCGCCGUCAAGUGCGAUAAAGUCGCAGCUGGAGGCGAUACGACCUAUCUCGUCGUGACGCGAAAUGAGAUCAGGACGGGCAAUGUGUCGAUAGAGGUUCUAGCAUGCGGUAAUGGUCGCUUCGGUCAGAUCGGUAAUGCGGCUUGGGCCCAUCAGGGUUCGCCGACAAAAGUGAAGACGAUCAGCGGUCUGCUCGAGUGGUCAGAUCAUCACCAAUCGAUUGCGCCGAUCGCCGUACAUGACUUGUCUGUCUCAAGCACGCAUUGCGCCAUCACGCUCGACAACGCAGUCGUACAGCACGAUGCCAAAUUUGGUCGAGAUGUCUUUGUAUGGGGUCACAACGAAAGCUAUCAGCUAGGCACGGGCAAGCGAUCUAAUCUCGCUGUUCCCCAGCAUCUUCCGCCAUUACCCUACCCCAACCCGGCCAAGAUCUCGAAUGCGCCCGAGAGCGCGCUUAGCUCGGGCACACCGAGUCCUAUGGCUCACCAUCGCCUGCAGCUCGCGACGGCGACGAAGGUGGAGGGUCGCAAGAUGGUCGAAGAGGCCAUUGUUGCUGGUCAUGGGUCUACAGCUGUAUACUGGCGUAUUGUCUGAUAAGAAGAUGCACCCUCUUUGUUCGCUAGAAUGCAAUAUCAGGCUGCGCCUUGUACAGAACCUGUUACAGGUGCGGGUGCUGCCGAGCCUGGCUGUGCCGGCCCUGCAGGAUCAUUCGGGUCUGCAGGUGCAUCUUCGAUCUUGGCAAUGAUGGCCUUGAGCUCAUCGUCCUUGAGUAUCCUGAAUGAAUCUUUUGGCGUGAUCUGAGCAAGCUGGACGUUGGAAUCGUCUAGCUUCUCUUCCAUGACUUGCUUGAGCACUUUGAGCACGAGCACUUGGGCUU